CAGCGGAGGCUGAGAGUGGCGGAUCUGGGGAUUUUCUCGGCGCGUGCUCCCUCUCCUGUCACUCUGGAGAAACGCGGCCCGGGGUACUGGCCGUCACCCCCGCGGCCUCGCCACCGCGCCCCUCGUUCCUGAAAGCCUGCAGAACCUCAGCCGGCGCGGUCCUCUGGCUGCAGGGGGAGAAGUGGUUUUUCGUUCCUGUCCCAGUGUUGGGAUUCUAGCGUGAUUCUUAAUUCUGAAUGGAAUGGAUGGGGGCAUGCGUGCUGGAAUGCUUGUAGCCAGGGUCCAGUUAAGUUUCUAAGUUCAUACUGCCAUCAGUUCGGCCAAGCGUUAGGUGUGGUAGUUGAUCUCAAAAUCCUUACCAUUGAAACUGGAAAUUUCAUAGGCUAGAAUAGUCCUUGAGGCUACCUGGCGGGCCCACAUAACCAGAGAAGAUGCCUGCCAACCCGACCUUUUAACACGGCUGUGUCUGCUUCAAGCAGACAAGAAGCAGAAAGGAAGUUUGAGACUCUGCUGCUUCGCCUGUCACACCCUCCAUCGUUGACCACCGUCAGAGUGAAUACACAUUUAGGCUCAGUUCAGCAUGUCAGAGGUCUGCUGCUUGAAGAGCUUCAGAAGCAGUUUGGUGGAUCCAGCAUUCCUGUUGUUGAGCAUCCAGCUCUCCCGGACGUUUUGCUCAUCCCUAUGACUGGACCAAGGAAGAAUAUAGAAAAACAACAGUGUGAAGUGAUUGUUGGCGCACAGUGUGGCAAUGCAGUAUUAAGAGGGGCCCAUGUCUAUGUUCCAGGAAUUGUGUCAGCUUCAAAAUUUAUGAAAGCUGGAGAUGUUAUUUCCGUGUAUUCUGAUAUUAAAGGCAAAUGUAAGAAAGGAGCCAAAGAAUUUGAUGGAAUUAAAGUAUUUCUUGGAAAUGGAAUUUCUGAACUGAGCCGCAAAGAUAUCUUCAAUGGGUUACCUGAUCUGAAAGGUAUAGGCAUAAGAAUGACAGAACCCAUAUAUCUCAGCCCCUCGUUUGACAGUGUUCUACCCAGUUAUAUAUUUUUGCAGAAUUUGCCAUCCACGGUUGUAGCUCAUGUUCUUGAUCCUCAACCUGGAGAGAAGAUUCUAGAUAUGUGUGCAGCCCCUGGGGGCAAAACUACACAUAUUGCUACACUGAUGAAGGACCAGGGAGAAGUCAUAGCAUUGGACAAAAUAUCGACUAAAGUGAACAAAUUAAAGCAGAACGCUUCAUUAUUAGGGCUUCAUUCUAUCCGGGCAUUUUGCUUUGAUGCAACAAAGGCGCUUAAGCUUGAUAUGACUGAUGGCAGAGAAGGGGCACCUCCAUUCUUACCAGAAUCUUUUGACCGAAUUCUCCUUGAUGCACCCUGCAGUGGAAUGGGACAGAGGCCAAAUAUGGCUUGUACUUGGACUUUGAAGGAAGUGACAUCCUAUCAGCCACUGCAGCGCAAACUCCUUAAUGUGGCAGUCCAACUCCUGAAGCCAGGGGGAGUGCUGGUCUAUAGCACAUGCACAAUCACUCUGGCAGAAAAUGAAGAGCAAGUUGCCUGGGCCCUCAGAACAUUCCCCUGCCUUCAGCUUCAACCCCAGGAACCACAGAUCGGAGGAGAAGGGAUGGUGGGAGCUGGCCUGUCAUUGGAGCAAUUGAAACAGCUGCAGCGAUUUGAUCCAUCUGCUGUGCCACUGCAGAACAUAGACACUGAUGCUCUUGGAGAUGCCAGAAGGGAAGACAUGAUUUGCCUGGCUAACAAGGACUGUAUAGGUUUCUUUAUUGCAAAGUUUCUAAAAUGUCAAAGCACAGAAAAGAAGGUUUCUCGGAAAUGAAAAUCCUGAAGACUGUGUGCGGUGCUUUUUCUUACACCAAAGUGUUGUCAAGCCAACGGAGUGAGGGCAUGGUUGCUCAGGAAACAGGAUGAUGCUAACAGCUUCCCUGGGAUUGGAAGGAGCAGUGUACACAAGUAGUCCUGGGAAGGUGGGGCUGGGAAAAGAUAAUCAGCCUCAUGCUUUAUGAAAGGGAAGGGGUUGCUGCCUGUGGGGGUCUGGAAUAUACUUUCAGUUUUAACUCAUAAAUAUUAGUCUUUCUAAUGUCAUAAAAUUAAAUCUUUCUAUGCAAAAAAGUAAUUUAAAAACAAAAGAAUAAACCUCUAAGCCUUUCAAGUGGUUAUGAAAAACUA